GUGAUUAUCUAACUUAAUGUUACUUUUACUUAAAAUUUUGGCUAAUCACAAGUUCCAGCAUCUUGGCAUCCUUGUUGAAAAUCAAUUGACCAUAAAUAUAGAGGUUUAUUUCUGGAGUCCCAAUUCUGUUCCAUUGAUCUACAUGUCUAUGCUUGUAUCACACUGUAUUGGUUACUGCAGUUUUGUAGUUAAGUUUUGAAACUGGGAAAUGUGAGUUCUCCAAUUUUGUUCUCUUUCAAGAUCGUAUUGGCUAUUCUGGGUCCCUUGAAUUCCAUAUGAAUUUCAGGAUCAGCCUGUCAAUUUCUGUAGAAAAGUCAGCUGAGGUUUUUAUACAAUUGGUAUUUUUAUCUUGAUCUUAUAUCCUGCAACCUUACUGAACUUGUUUUCUAGUUCUAAUUGAUUUUUAGUGGAUUCUUUUUUAUGCAAGAUGAUUAUUCUUUUGUUCUUACUUUUAUACUUCAUGAAAUGAUUUUAUUAAAAUUAGUUGUAUGUAUCUUGUGUUUCGUUCUGGUUCUGCCUCCAAAACUAUGACUUUGAGUGAGUUAGAUAGCACCUCAGCCUCAGUUUACUCAUCAGUAACAUGAGGGAAUUAGACUCUAGAACUAGAUCUGUAAGAGUGAGUUUUAAUCUAAGGCCCAUGUAUUCCUUGUCAAUUGUAUGCAAAAUUCUGUGCAAAUGUGAGUUUUUUGGGGAGGGAGUUCACAGAGUCUCAAAUUGUUUUCUAAAAAAAGGUUAAGAACCACUAACAUGUAAAAACCUUUGUGGUUCUAAAGAGUAUUAUUCUUAUGCAUAAUCUGAAUAAAGAAAAUAGCCAAUAUUACAUUUUUUUAGGGCCAGAUGUUAUAAAAGCAUUAGCUUACAUGUAGAAAAGCUAAAUCUUAGGAAUGGUCAUUUUUUUGUGUGUGACAAUAACUUAGCUGGUUUCUUUGACCAGUAUUAAUAACAAGAAUUUAAAUAAAUUAAUACUUUCUAUUAAGGUUCCAAAGUUAUAUUUUCUUCUACUUGUCUGGAGGCUAUUGACUAAUCUGUAAUCUAAAUUAUAUCUGAAAUGUUGGUAUAAUAUUUGUUCUCUCAGUAGCUGGCAUUUGUUCUUCAGUUAAAUAGUGAGAUAAUAAUCAGCAGUAGAAACUUUACCGUGGGAAAGGUGAACUCUUGUCAUGUGAAGUACGGUGUGGAAUCAGUAACUUUCUCACGCUGAAUAGUCCUGUCCCAAGAAGAACUCUGAAGAUGAUUCAGCCUUCAGCAGCUGGAUCUCUUGUGGGAAGAGAAUGUGAGUUGGCAAAAGGCUUAUCCAAAAGGAAACAUGGAAGUGGCCAGUUAAUGUCUAAGACUUCUAGUCCAGGAGUUGUUAUUGUCCCAGAAAGUAGUGAAAAUAAAAGUCUUGGAGGAGUCACUCAAGAAGCAUUUGAUCUUAUGAUUAAAGAAAAUCCAUCCUCUCAAUAUUGGAAAGAAGUAGCAGAAAAACGGAGGAAGGCUCUUUAUGAAGCACUUAAGGAAAAUGAGAAACUUCAUAAAGAAAUUGAAGGAAAGGACAAUGAAAUUGCCCGCCUGAAAAAAGAGAAUAAAGAAUUGGCAGAAGUAGCAGAACACGUACAGUAUAUGGCAGAAGUGAUAGAGAGACUGAAUAACGAACCUCUGGAUAACUCUGAAUCAUCGGAUGGUCAGGAAUUUGAGUCUGAAGAAGAAACUGGUGAGAAUUCUGAAGUAGAAGACUCAGAAAUUGGCACAUGUGCUGAAGAAAUUGUGCCUUCCUCUACAGAUGCAAAACCAUGUAUAUGAAAUUCAUUAAUAUUUGACUCUUCAGAAAUACACUGCCAAAGUUUACCUCCACUAUAGUUCUUCGUAGCAGAGUAAAUAACUACAUAAUGCAAACUUCUGGAAUCAGACUGACUUGUUUGAAUCCUGGGACUCUAUUAUUGUAUUAAAAUACAAAUACUGUGUAUUUUUAAUCUGUGUUUUAUGUAAAUAGCAUUUUCUCAGUUGUCUGGCAUGACUUGUGUAUAUGAUAAAUAAACUUCAAUCUCAAGAAGCAUGGUGUAUAUCUUGAUAGAAUGAAGUACAAGGAGUCUGUAGAAAAAAUUUUUUUUCUAUGCUUUUAUAUUUUCUUUCUAUUCCUCUGCUAAUUAACUUAGAGGAAAAUAAAUGCAUCCCUAUUUAGACUGAAAUAAGGUUUUUCACUUCAAACCUGGUUGCACUUUAAACUCAUCAGAGGCACUAUUGAUUUUCAGACCUCAUACAGAUACUAUUCUUACUGAGUAGUUUUUGGAAUGGAGCGUGAGAAUCUGUUUUUUUCAAAGCUCCUCAAGUGAAUCUGAUUAACUAGGUAAAGGCUUGACUAGCUGGACUGAUCAAGACUCUUCUUGGGAGCUUAAAAUGAUGGAUGAUGGUGAUAAUCCUCUAGAGAAGCAAAGUGGGGGGCAGGUGAAACUCCAAGGAAGAGAUUCAGGAAUCGGUGAGGGUUCUGAAGCUUUUUGUGUCCACACAUUACACAUGCUGGGAUAGUUGCAAAGUAUAUAAAUAUUGAGAGACUAAGAAGUAAUAGUAGGUGAGAUUAGGGAUUUCCCAUAUGAACUAUGUCUUGAAGGAAGAAAAAGACAAAACGGAAAUUGUUUGCAAAGUAUACACCGCUGGGAUUGGAUCAGUUCUGUAAGAAGCAUACAAGUACCUUUGUAUAAACUGACAUAUCAAACUUUAAAGGAGUUCUUUAAAGCCAACUUCAUAGUGUUACUGUGAGAAUUAAAACCUGAAAUAAGUGCUUAAAAAUUAGAAGAUACUAAUCUGUAGCAGCAGCAUCUAAUAGAACUUUCUAAGAUGAUGAAAAUAUCUAUACUGUCCAGUAUGGUAGCCACUAACCACAUGUAGUUAUUGAACCUGUGCAACGUGACUAGUGUGAAUGAGGAACUGAAUUUUUGAUUUAUAUUUAAAUAGCUACAUGAGACUAGUAGCUACUGUAUUGGACAGUGCAGCGCUAUAUGUUAUAGGUGAGUCACUAGUCUAAAGGCAGAAUUAAGGUUAGACAGGAAAAUCACCUGGAAAGCUGUUAGAAUUUGUAAUAGAGGGGAGAGCUAAGUAGAAUAGAAUGCCUUUGCAAAUAGAAAAUAUUUCUAAAAAAAUACCAAAAAUGGAUUGGCAGGAUUUGAUCGAAGGGAGCAAAAGAGAAGGAAUUGAAGAGGAUUUUAAAGUUAGGUAAGAGUUAAAACUAUAAAACUUCUAUAAGAAAAUAAUAGAAACAAUCUUUGACCUUAGGUGUGGAAAGAUUUCUCAAAUAUGACAUUCAAAGCAAGGAUUGUAUCAAAUUGGACUUCAUGAAAAUUAAAAAUUCUCUUUGAAAGGCCCUUUUAAGAGGGAAAAAAAGCAAGCUACAGACUGGGAGAAAAUAUUAAAACAUCUGAAAAGGAUUAUCUAAUUAAAACAUCUGAAAAAGGAUUAUCUAUCAAUCUCCUACCUACCUUAGCUACUACACCCAGUUUUAAAAAUGGGGAAAUGAUCUGGACACUUCACUAAAGAAUAUAUACAGAUGGCAAAUAAGCACAUCAAAAGAUGCUCAGGAUCAGUCACUAGGGAAAUGGAAAUCAAAACUAUGCCGAGAUACUGCUGAACACCUAUCAGACUGGCUAACAUUUAAAAAGCAAAAACUUGACCAUACUGUUAAAUGAACAUGAAGAAAUCAAAACUUUCCUACACAGCUGACGGCAAUGUGAAAUGGCGCAAUUGGUAUGAAAAAGUUGGCAAUUUCUUAAAAGUUAAACUUAUAUGUUCCAUAUGACCUAGCCAUUCCCAGGUAUUUAUUCAAGAAAAAUGAAAACAUAAGUCCACAUGAAGAUUUGAUGUAAACUUCAUUUAAACCACAACAAGAAGCAGAAAAAAAGAUGUGUCCACAGAUUUUCAUAGUUUUAUUAGUAAUAGUCCAAAUGCCCAUCAGCAGAUGAAUGGAUAAAUGAAUUGUGUAUUCAUAUAGUGGAACACUACUUGGAAAUUAAAAAGAACAAAUUUUUGGUAUACACAGCAUGGGUGAGUCUCAACAAUGUUGAUCAAAAGAAGUCAGAUAAGCAAGUACUAUAUGCUUCCACUUAUAUAAAAUUAUAAAAAUGACAAACUAGAGAAAGCGGAUUACCAUCAUGAGGUAUUUUCAUAAGCAUCACUAUGCCAAUUUUUUUUACAUGUUGCUAUAAAAAGACAUUAGCAUGCUUACGAAAAUAACCUUC